AAUUUCAAACGCUACAAACGAGCGAUUACUAAAUGCCACCAUGACGAGUGGACAGUGGCCGAAGAGAUCAACAAAUCCUUCAUACCAAAACUUAAACAAUACACUGUUGACACAACUCAAGUCGUUAACGCUCACUACAAAGGAGCGGAGAACAGCAGAUUACACGGUAGAGCAGCAACCGAAAUUUAUGAACAGCUCUCCAUCAUCCAAGCAGGAGAAAUCUCAGCAGAACUUUUGGACGAAGCCAUUGAAAGCACCAAAAGACUUGCAGUUCAUUCCUGGAUCCAAGGUGUACAACAUAAUGAAGAUGCUAAAGACUACGCCAUUAAAGCGCUUAAAUUACCCCCAAGUCUUAAACACUUGGAAACAAAAGAAUCAGGCAACAAACGAGAAGCAUUUAGCGAAGAUUUUAUCACCAUGUACAACGAAGCCAACUACCAGCAAUGA